GCCGCCGUCAGAUGAUGACGAUGUGCGACGGGGAGAUCCGGAAGGAACACUGAGGGAUCGAAAGGAGACGGGAAAUGGAGGUUAGGGACAAGGUCAAAAUCGUAAUUGUAGCAGCUUCUCUAGCGGUGGUGACGAUUCUUAUCACGGCGAAGUAUCGGCGGCGGAGACGCCGCCUCCGCGGAAAGCAGACAUGUCGGAGCUCGUGCUAUCUGCAUUCCGAACGGAAGCCGCAGCUUGGUUUCAAACGCGUUUUGGCGGAUAAUUCUUACUCUGCGUUCAAGCACUUGAAGCUUGGCGGGUCAUCGUCUACAGGUGUUGCAGAGAAUCUUUCCAACUGUCAUCCGUAUGAAGCUGAGAUCUUGACCCUGUUGGAGAAUCCUCGGUUAGACUUUGAAUUUUUGAGGGGAGACACUUCAUUGGAAAUGAAGGAUUCAUAUAUCUGGGUUGAGACGGAGUCGCAAUUGAGAGAACUCGCUGACGCGUUGAAGAAGGAAAAGGUUUUUGCAGUUGAUACAGAACAGCAUAGUCUGCGAUCGUUUCUAGGUUUCACUGCUUUGAUACAGAUUUCUACGCAAGAGGAAGACUAUUUGGUGGACACGAUCGCGUUACAUGAUGUAAUGGGUAUUCUCCGGCCGGUUUUUGCUGAUCCUAGUAUUUGCAAGGUGUUUCACGGGGCUGACAACGAUGUGCUCUGGCUUCAAAGGGACUUCCAUAUAUAUGUUGUUAAUCUUUUUGAUACUGCAAAGGCCUGUGAUGUGUUGUCAAAGCCUCAAAGGUCGCUUGCAUACUUGCUUGAGACAUUCUGUGGAGUGGCUACUAACAAAUUACUGCAGCGUGAAGAUUGGAGACAACGUCCGCUCUCAGAGGAAAUGGUGCAAUAUGCCAGAACUGAUGCUCACUAUCUGCUUUAUAUUGCCAAGAGUUUGACCUCCGAACUCAAAAAACAAUCCACUGAAGAUUCAUCUAGCCCCGAUGACAAAUUCCAUUUUCUUCUCGAGGCUAGUCGACGUUCAAACAUGAUCUGUUUGCAACUCUACACGAAAGAAACUGAAGAUUUUCCUGGGGAUGCUGCUGCUUCUUCAUUACUUUUCCGACAUUUGAAUGGUUAUGGAGAUGGUUCUACCAUCUCAUUAGAUAUGGAGUUUCAGGAUCUUGUAAGGAAAUUAUGUGCAUGGAGAGACUUAAUGGCCCGUAUUCAUGAUGAAAGCUCAAGAAAUGUGCUAUCUGAUCAGGCCAUUCUCAAUCUGGCUUAUAAGCUUCCAUCUACAACUGAAGACAUCUAUGACACAAUAUCCCAAGCUGACUUGAGUACAGAAUCUUUGAGCUUUAGUUUCUCGGUCCAGACCCCAUCUCAUGUUGUUUGUAGUCAUUCGAAUGAUGUCUAUCAAAUGAUAAAGGACAAGUCAGCCCGCCUGGAAACUACAUUACCGGCAAUUCUUCAGAAAUGCCUGGGUACAGAAGGAACCUGUCAGCUUUCUGUCUUUAAUUAUUCUCUGUUGGUCAACUUCAAUAUGAAGCUAACUAAUCGAUCUGCUACCAAGCAAAAUGGAAUUAAGAACCCUAAACAAGUCGCUCGAAAGGCAUCAAGAGAGCUUUUUGUCAAGAAAUUUUCCUGCAAGGCCCCUGUUUAUCAUAAUUGUAGAAUAUAUGCAAACGACGAACGGUUGCUCUGUUACUGUGAUAGGAGAAAACUCGAAUGGUAUCUUAGUCGUGGUCUUGCAAAACUGAUCGAAAAAAAUCCACCUGCCAUUAUGCUUUUGUUUGAACCGAAAGGUCGUCCAGAAGAUGAGGAUAAUGAUUUCUAUAUCCAGAGUAAGAAGAAUAUAUGUGUUGGCUGUGGAGAAGGGAAUCACUACUUGCGUUACCGAAUUAUACCUUCAUGUUAUAGGAUUCAUUUUCCUGAGCACUUGAAAAGCCAUCGAUCUCAUGAUAUUGUCCUACUCUGCGUGGAUUGUCAUGAAAUUGCUCAUGCUGCUGCUGAGAAGUACAAAAAACAAGUCGCAUCAGAAUUUGGAAUUCCUCUUUUUGUUCGUAAAGUAUUUGAUUCAAAUGAAGACUCUGAAUCAUCCAGUACCUUUGAGGAUGCCGGUGUCUCCCCAUUGCAGCUUAGAACAGCUGCUAUGGCACUUAUGCGGCAUGGGAACCGGAUGCCAUCUAGCCGCCGUGAAGAAUUGUUGCAGACUGUUAGGAGGUAUUAUGGUGGACGUGAAAUAUCGGAAGAAGAUCUGGAAAGAGCUCUAUUGGUCGGAAUGAGCCCUCACGAGAGAAGAAAACUCCAGAAAAAGAAAGGGGUCUCCUUCAAACAUUCAAGCUCCCAUACGGAUAUAGAGGAAAGUGGCAACAUCACAUCCUCCGGUCGAGAGCAAGGAGUUGAUGAUGGAGAAGCCCCUUCAGGUCCUGAGAAAGAUAUGAACGCAGAAACUGGUGGAGUUUCCCAUGACAGUAGUGAGAAUGGUACAAGUGCAGGAAAUGGAACUCGGGAAGUAAACGAUUCUCUAUUAAACCAACAAAACUCGAAACUGUCCUUGUUAGGACAUGGACCACAUGGGAAACAGGUAGUAGAGCAUCUGUUACGGGAAUAUGGGGAGGACGGUGUUCAGGAAUUUUGCCAAAGGUGGAGAAAAGUUUUUGUUGAUGCUGUUAAGCCUCGCCAUUUACCCGCUGGGUGGGAUGUUAGACACAGUGGGAAGAGAGAUUUCGGGGAGUUCAGCGUGUAUAAUCCCGCGAAAAGAACCACGGCUUCUGAGCAGGGAGGAGGGCAUGGAUCAGUCUACGAGUGAAUUCACAUCAAUUGACCAUAUAUGGUAUGGUAUGGUAUGGAUGGAUGGGCUUGGGGUUUAUGGUAAUGACUUUGUCUCGUUGAGCCCAUCUUAGUCACCAUUGACAGAUUUAUCCUUCAUCUUUUGAUUUAUUUGUAAAAUCAGAUUUUGUCGCUGAUUCUGCUUCAUAAUCAUAUUUUCUCCACAAUGUCCAGUC